GAGGAAACCGGUUCCCUUUAAAGUUUUAGAGGCGGGGGUUUAGAGAGGAGUUGACAGAUCAGCAGGUGUUUGCGUAACGGCCGUGCGCCCUGACCAAAAGGAUUAAAAGUUGCCACAAAUAGAAUCAUCGGUGCCAAAAUAUCUAAAAGUGAAGGCUCCUCUGCAGGAUUCAACUCGACUAAAGAACUUUUUUCAGCUCUGAACCCAGCUGGAGAUGGCAGAGGGAGACUUUUACGCGUCGGGAAACCGGCAGCGGUUUCCCCGGGAUCCGUUCAGAGAAUCUCCGUUCCGGGACCAGUCCCCGUUCCGGGACCAGCUUCCGUCUCGGUUCAUGGGCGAUGACUUCGGGAUGCCGCACUUCCCCGACGAGCUGGAGCUGGACUGGCCCGGGUGGGCUCGGCCGGGUCGGCUCAGCACGCGCCUGGACGCGUCGCCCUUCGGCGGCGCUUUACGCACAGGCUUCCCCCUGCGUCACUCCACGGGAGGCCCCGGGCUUUACACCAGCAGGUACGGCGAGCCGCCCUCGCGGAGCCCCCCUGCGACCACCGACGGGGAGCCCUGGAAGGUCUGCGUGAACGUGCACAGCUUCAGAGCCGAGGAGCUGCACGUCAAGACCAGGGACGGGUUCGUGGAGGUGUCAGGAAAACACGAAGAGAAACAAGAGGAAGGAGGAAUCGUGACGAAGAAUUUCACAAAGAAAAUCCAGAUCCCCGCCGACGUGGACCCCCUGACAGUCUUUGCCUCCCUGUCGCCCGAGGGGGUCCUGAUCAUCGAGGCUCGGCAGACGCCUCCGUACUACCUUUUUAGCAGCGAAGGCUCCCAGGGAGGUGAAACGCAGGAGGCGGAGGCCCCAGAGGUCCAGGAGGCCCCCGUGGUCUAACCUUCCUGGCUCACGGAGCACAUGGUCCUCCACAAUCGGUCACUAGUUGGACAUGAAACACGUAGCCUUUCAUCUUUAUCUAGUCGAAGUUUAAAGGAUUAAAAUGUGUCGUAUCAAUCAGGACCAGCAAGUCCUUUUAAAACUUCCAUGUUCAAGUUGCACACAAACGCCUCAUCCUCCCACUAACAUGUAGAGUUUAUUAAUGAAUACUCUUUCUGAAAGGUCAUUAGCAAAUAAUUCAGCAUUUAUUUUUGCCUCAUUCAUCUACUUAAUAUGUAUAAGUUGUAAAGUGGAUCAUCAUUUUCCAAAAUCUGCAGUUAAAGUAGACAAAUGCUUUAAAAUCUUUAACCGCAAUGUAGACCUCCUCAUUGUAACUCCACAAGUCCCGCCCCUUUUCUGGGGCGUGUCUCAGAUCAGCUCAUUUUGGUGCUGCCUCUCUAAAUGCAAAUGAGGCACUUCACACCCUGGCCCCCUCCACCUACUUCAACCAUUUUUGUGGUUUGACAGCAGCGAUACGAUUAUUUAGCAGCACUUAAAUGUUUUAUUUACAAAUUAACGAAAAUAUGUCGACAAGAAAACACUCAAGAAUACAAAGACAUAUAUGUAGCACCAAGAGAAGCUAAAUUAAACUUUCCUGCACAUCAAGAGUCUCCAAAUAUUCAACAAAAUGCGAGUUGCUAACCUCCUCUCUCAAACGGGAGUGGACCGGUCUGGAAGCAGGAGGGAGGCGGGGCUUGAAGCAUCUUAAAGGAACCGAAACAAAAUCAGCUGCUUUGAGAGACACACAGCAGAAAAGUGGUGAAAGAGGAGCUGGUAAAGUUUAAAUAAGGAGGAAUUCAGACCAAAGUGUU